AUGGAUCAACGUCCUUCCGAAAGGCAGGAUGGGGCCUCGGCCCCUCCACGCGUCGUGCACUCGCCCGAACGCAGUGCAGGCACCGACACAAGGCGCACCAGCACCAGCUCCGCGGGUGUAGGCAGCGAGCCCGGCCGCACCGCCGACAUGCAGGCCAGCUAUAGCAGUAUCAUCAGUGACUCACAGAGACAACGCUCACGACCCCAGCGCAUCGACUAUGGCUCGAUGCGCACCGAAUCCGGUCAGCAACAACUCACCAUCCCCUCCAUACAAACCCCUCGAAGGCCCGGUGCCGGCAGAAGGGCCCCCUCCUCCGCACACCCUCACCGUGGUGCCAUCUUCUCCACCGACGACGAUGCGGAGGAAGUCGAUCUCGACAUGCGAUUGGCACGAACACAGUCAAGAGAAGUCGUCAAUCGAGACCGCGAUCGGGAUCGGGGCGAUCGGGACCGACACUUGAGACGGCACGACAGCACGAUCCGAAGACGCCCAGCGGCCAUGCCGCCGGCACUGCACACGCUGGAGAGCGACGAGCGGGAGGACGAGGCGGAGACCACAGGCCAUGAUGCCAUCGCCGUCACCACUCCCGCCGUCGAGCGUGCAGAGCACCGUCCCCACGCCGAUUCGGAAGAGACGUUGCGUGGGGAGGAGGCAGAAGAGGAGGAAGAAGAAGAAGAAUCCCCGGACCCCGACACUGAUGACGCAGACAUGAGCGAUGCAGAGAGUUUCACGCUGAAAGACCGACAAGAAGCUAUCAACGAAACCCACCCGUUCGGCAUACGCAUUUGGAAGCCGGCCUUGUACAAGAAGAGCCGCUCGGUGCAACGCAACGCGGAAGGUGACAUUCACAGCGCCCCUGGCGGCAAUGUCAGUCGCACGCUGUUCAUCUUCAACUUCGCCUGGACUCUGAUCUUCGGUUGGUGGCUAUGCCUCGUCGCAGCGAGCGGCGGCUUGGUCUGCAUGAUCUUGGCCAUCUUUCGAUUUCCGGGAUGCUACGAGUAUGGCCGAGUUCUGAUCAGUUUGGCCCACUACAUCUUCUAUCCAUUCGGCAAAUACGUUCGGCUGGAGCGAGACGAAGCCUACGUGGAAGAGGACGAGGGCGAGGGCAGAAGCAUCACCGAGUACGAGCGUUGGCAGACUGGCGAUCUCGAGGAAGGCCGGUUGUUCUUUGGACCCACGGACAUCAACCGCUCCCUCAUUGGCCGCAGGCGGGACGAAGUCCCGGGUCUUGACGAGAACGACAGCCUGCUUGGAAGGCCACAACGACCGAGUAGUCCGGCCGAACGCCUGCGGAACAAGGCGAAGAAGAGACUGUUCGGACGUGGGAAGUGGAAUCUUGGGAGGGUCAUCUUCUUCCUCUCCUUCUACUUUCUCAUCACGCCAUGCCUCUUCUUGGUUAGCUGCAUCUGCUGGUUCUUCGUCUUCACCAUCCCCAUGGGCAAAGUGACGCUCCUUCUCUUCUAUCAUCUCCGCCGCCACCCCCUGGCCAUGAGCUUCCACACAGACAGCCAUUACAUGCGUUCAGGAGUGGAUCGUGGAACAUCUGGCAGCAGCAUCUUGCUGUGCACGUACCGUGCAGUCGGGCUGAGAUACUGGAAGUACACCGUCGACGGCACCAACGUCUUCCUCAUCAACCUGCUCGCCCUGGUCUUCUUCGUUAUCUUCGACUAUUACGUGCUCUUCAAGCAAUUGGGGAUCGUCGCGUGGUUCACAAACCAGGGAUUUGUCUUUGCGCUCGCCUUGGCCUCGAUCAUUCCACUGGCCUACUUCAUCGGCCAGGCUGUCGCUUCGAUCUCCGCCCAGAGCAGUAUGGGUGUCGGUGCGACGGUCAACGCCGCCUUCGCCACCAUCGUGGAAGUGUUCCUCUACUGCGCUGCUCUCAUGCAAGGCAAGUCCGCCUUAGUCGAAGGCUCCAUCGUUGGCUCCAUCUUCGCCGGCAUACUAUUCCUGCCCGGAAUCAGCAUGUGCUUCGGCGCCAUCAAGCGCAAGACGCAGCGCUUCAAUGUCAAGUCGGCCGGCGCCACCACGACGAUGCUUCUAUUCGCCGUCAUCGGCGCCUUUACUCCCACGCUAUUCUACCAAAUCUACGGCAGCCACGAGAUGAAAUGUCACCAGUGCUUGGACACCACCGACUCCGGCCGAGACUGUCGCAGAUGCUACUUCUCGCAAACGCCGGCUAUUCGUUCUCGCUUCUACCAGGAAGCAGUACAGCCAUUUAUUUGGGCCGUCAGCCUGCUUCUGUUCAUCAGCUACAUCGUCGGCCUAUUAUUUACCCUCAGAACGCACGCUGCAGUGAUUUGGAACAAUGAACCCGACGAAAAGAAGGACGUCAAAAUGGAGCAGGCGGCGCACAGAGUCGAGGAGAGACAUCUCAGCUCAUCGACUCCCAUGCCGGAAUCUGCGCGAGCUACGCUGACGCGACAGUCGACUGCUGCUACGCUUGGCGUCGGGAAUGUCAGGGAUUCACAGAUGUAUAAGCGCAUCUUAAAUCAGAGCCUGAAACAAGCCGGGGUCGGUAACAGCGCGUCUCAAACGGUGAGGAGACAGGACGACAGCGUGAUUACGCCUCAUAUGGUGCCGCCCAAGUCGCCUGAAGAAGAAUCUGGUCCCGCGCUCCGACAGCGUAUCCAAGGCCUUAGCGUCGAAGACAACCGAGCACUGGUCCAGGAAAUCGCCGAGAUGGCGGCGAUGGCGGCGACAGUGGCUGCGCGAGAUGCGACCGCGAAAGCCACGCGGAAACCCUCCUUCAUGGGCAGCGGCAGUCAGGCACUGCCCCGUCACCAAAGCUCCGCGUCAAGCAAGGAUACGAAGGAUUCAAAGGACGCGUCAAAGGAUACCGUUAAACAUCACCCCCCGGCGCAAGAACCUAGUACGCUCGGCUUCGAAUCAGACCUUCAACGCACCGUCACCGGGGCCGCUGCGGCUCCGCCAGAAGACCCCCACGACCAUCAGGAAGAGGGCGGGCACGAUGCGCCCAACUGGUCGCGCGUCAAGUCCUACACCAUCCUCUUCACCGCCACCAUCGCCUACGCCAUCAUCGCCGAGAUCCUCGUCUCGACCGUCGACGCCGUGCUGUCGAACGUGGACGUCGACGAGAAGUUCCUCGGCAUCACGCUCUUCGCGCUCGUGCCCAACACCACCGAAUUCCUCAACGCCAUCGCCUUCGCCAUGAACGGCAACGUCGCGCUGUCCAUGGAAAUCGGCAGCUCGUACGCGCUGCAGGUCAUGCUCCUGCAGAUCCCCACUGUCGUCGUCUUCUCCGCCGUUUAUGGCUGGUACUUCCUCGAUGUCCCCGAUGCGCAGGUGCUGCAAUACUCGUUCACGCUCAUCUUCCCACAGUGGGACAUGGUCGUGGUGAUUCUGGGCGUGUUUUUCAUGGGCUGGGUGGUGGCCGAGGGCAAGAGCAAUUACUUCAAGGGCAGCACGCUGAUCUUCACGUACGUGGUGUUUGUCGUCGGGUUCUGGUUCAGUGGCUUCGACCACAUGGAUACUAACAAUCUCCUCCCGGAUGAUCCGCUCGCUCUGGGCUCGAGCCCAACAUUCCAGCAGACGUUCGUGUCGGCGGGUAAGGGGAGGGCAUAUCCCCAAUGA